AAGUCCAUUGUAAUUUGUAUGGUCUCAAACAAAUGGCUGCAGGUGUAAAGAUAGGAACCGGCUUCCCACCCGUUCCGACUCACCGAGUCACCACCAUCAUGUCCUCCCUCCUCCCUCCUCCUCCUCACCACACUCUCUUCUACCUCCGCGCCUCCCUGCCCUCCCGCCGCCGCCCACCCUCCCUCUGUCUCCGCUCCCGCUCCCGCCCCCUCCGAGCUUCCUCCGAGUCCCCCCCUGCCUCCCCAGAAAAUGCAAUCGAGAAUGUAGUGAUAAUUGGAUCAGGUCCGGCUGGAUUCACGGCGGCAAUAUACGCAGCUCGAGCGAAUUUGAAGCCGCUGGUGUUCGAGGGGUACCAAUCCGGUCCGGGAGGACAGUUGAUGACCACUACUGAAGUUGAGAACUUCCCGGGAUUCCCAGAGGGGAUUACUGGUCCGGAUUUAAUGGAGAGGAUGCGGAAACAAGCGGAGCGGUGGGGAGCAGAGUUGUACCAAGAAGAUGUUGAGUCUAUUGAUGUCAAAACUAGACCUUUUACUGUCGAGAGCAGUGAACGUAAGGUUAAGUGCAACAGUCUAAUUUUUGCCACAGGAGCUACUGCAAAACGGCUCAGGAUUCCCCGUGAAGAUGAAUUUUGGAGUAGGGGAAUUAGUGCUUGUGCAAUUUGUGAUGGAGCAUCACCAUUGUUUAAGGGCCAAGUUCUUGCUGUCGUUGGAGGGGGUGAUACAGCUACAGAGGAAGCUUUAUACCUCACGAAAUAUGCUCGUCAUAUUCAUCUACUUGUGCGCAGAGAUCAACUAAGGGCUUCUAGAGCAAUGCAAGACAGAGUGUACAACAACCCAAAUAUCACCUUGCACUUCAACACAGAGGCUGUGGACAUCAUUAGCAAUACGAAGGGGCAGAUGUCUGGAAUUUUAAUUCGAAAACUUGAUAGUGGGGAGAAAUCCGUGAUUGAAGCAAAAGGGUUAUUUUAUGGUAUCGGUCAUUCGCCAAAUAGCCAGUUGUUGGAAGGCCAAGUUGAACUUGACAGCUCUGGCUAUGUCUUAGUAGAGGAGGGCACUGCAAAAACUUCAGUUGAAGGUGUAUUCGCUGCUGGAGAUGUACAGGACCAUGAAUGGAGGCAAGCCGUAACAGCGGCAGGAUCUGGAUGCAUUGCCGCUUUAUCAGUUGAGAGAUAUCUUGUGGGCAAAGAUCUCAUUAUUGAGUUUCACCAGCCCGUUACUGAAGAGGCUAAGAAGGAACCCUCAAGCAGGGAUGUUCAAGAAGGGUUUGACAUUACUCUUACAAAGCACCGUGGCCAGUAUGCCCUACGAAAAUUGUAUCAUGAAAGUCCAAGGCUUAUAUGUGUAUUAUAUACAGCACCAACAUGUGGCCCAUGUAGGACUUUGAAGCCAAUUCUUAGUAAGGUGAUAGAUGAAUUCGACCAUAAUGUACAUUUUGUUGAAAUUGAUAUUGAGGAAGAUCCGGAAGUAGCAGAAGCAGCUGGAAUUAUGGGUACACCAUGUGUUCAGUUCUUCAAAAAUAAGGAAAUGAUCAGGACUGUAUCGGGGGUCAAAAUGAAGAGCGAGUAUAGACAAUUUAUUCUAGCAAAUAAAUGAGAAGGUUCAAGAUUCUAGUUUGCCUGAUGUCCUCAUUUUGUGGUUCAAUUUUGUUCUUCCCAAACAGGCUAGUUGAGUAAGGCCUUCAUUUUACACAAUAUUGUAGCUUGUAUUGAUCAACUACAUUGUAGAUUACCAUACAUGCAGAGUUGCCAAUGCAUCGUUACGGAAUUUGAUUUUCCGAUCUUGUAUUUCCAUCCAUUGUAAUCUUAGUAGGGUUUAGCAUCUUUUACAUUACGAAGUAUGAACUCACAAGUCCCAUCUUUCAAUUUCUCAGUGCGAAAUUGCUCUUUUGGCUAA